AGCUGAGAGUGGUCAAGGAUUGGAAGAGCUCGGUGGGAGAUACUUUGAUGAACUAUUGUCACGAUCACUACUUCAAAGAUCAUGGAAAUCAAGUUUCACAAUGCAUGAUCUCAUUAACGACUUGGCUAUGUCUGUGUCUGGAGAAUUUUGUUUUAGGUUGGGUGAGGGACAACCACAUGAAGUUCCUAAACGAGUUCGGCAUUUGUCAUAUAUGAGAGAAAGAUUUGAUACCGUAGCAAAAUUUAAGCCAUUGGAUGAAAUUAAGUGUUUGCGCACCUUGUUUCCCAUGUCUUUAAGACCAUACUAUAAGUGGGAUAAGAGCCUAUAUGUAAGCAUAAAGGUUCUAGAGGAUUUGUUACUAGCACAAAGAUGUUUACGGGUGUUGUCAUUGGCAAGAUAUAAAAAUAUAACUCAGUUACCUGAUAACAUUGGUAAACACUUAAGCUUGCGCUACAUCGACCUCUCUUACACUGCAGUUAAAACGUUACCAAAUACGAUGUGUGAGCUCUACAAUUUGCAAACUCUAUUAUUGUUAGGUUGUUCCUCUCUUGUUGAAUUGCCUGCAGACAUGAGGAAAUUGAUUAAUUUGCGUCUUCUUGAUAUUAGAGAAACUUGUAUAAAAGAGAUGCCGGUGCAAAUGGGUAGACUAAAAAGUUUGAGUACAUUGACUGCUUUUGUGUUGGGGAAAUCUACAAGGUCAAGUGGCAUUGGAGAACUGGGGCAAUUGUCGAACCUUCGAGGAAAACUAUCUAUCUUGAAUCUGCAAAAUGUAGUCAAUCCUAUGGAUGCCUUGGGGGCCAAUUUGAAGGAUAAGAAAGACCUUCACGAAGUAGAGUUGGCAUGGGGUCAUGAGGAUGCAAAUGAUUCCGUAAAAGAGAGACAUGUACUUGAAAGCCUACAACCUUCCGUAAAUUUGGUGAAGCUGACCAUCAGAUUUUAUGGUGGAACUACGUUUCCGGAUUGGUUGGGAGACUCUUCCUUCUCCAGCAUACAAGUCAUGCAUCUCACUGAUUGUAGUACUUGCUUGUCAUUGCCACCAGUUGGAAGGUUACCCGCCCUCAAAGAGCUCUAUAUAGAAAGGAUGAAAUUUGUUGUGAGUAUUGAUGUUGAGUUCUACGGGGGUAAUGGAGCUUCUCUAAGUCAACCAUUUCAAUCUCUCAGGAAGCUAGUGUUUAAAGAGAUGCCGGAGUGGGAGGAAUGGCUGUCAAGUCCAGGUAGUGGUCAAUCUUGCUUUCCUUGUCUUGAGGUGCUUAUUUUACACAAUUGUCCGAAGUUGAGAGGAAACUUACCUCAUCGUCUUCCUUGCUUGAGACAACUUGAAGUGGACGACUGCAGGGUUCUGCAUGAAAGGGCUACCAGAACAAGAUGGAUACCCUGGUCUCUCAUCGUUAACACGGAAUCCUUGCGACAAUCUCUUAAAGAACUGAAGAUAGUUAGAUGCCCUGGUCUCUCGUCGUUACUCGAGACGGAGUCGCUGUCCUCGCUUUGGAGGCUUGGGAUUCAAAUUUUUAGUAGCACAGAUUGCUUGCAGCCGCACUUCAGCAGUUGUCUUGAAAGAUUGAGUCUCGUUAACUGCGCGUCACUCUUGUCGUUCCCGAGAAACGGUCUACCCACUUCGUUGACAUAUCUUGGAAUAGAAAAAUGCAGGAGAUUAGAAUUCCUAUCUCAUGAGAUGAUGGCCAAAUUGACAUCCCUUCAAGAUUUGAGAUUGAGGGACAGCUGUGAUUCACUGAGGUCCUUCCCGCUGGGCGUUUUCCCCAAACUUUCAUUUCUUAAUAUCGAGGGCGGUAAAAAUCUAGAAUCCCUUUCCAUUGGAGAAGGAGCUGAUGAUGAAAAUCUCACUCAUCUCGAUUCUCUCUUUAUCUAUGACUGUCCAAAUCUGGUCUCUUUUCCCCACGGGGGAUUGCACACUCCCAAACUGGCUCGAUUUACAGUCUGGGGAUGCAAGAAUUUGAAGUUAUUGCCCGACCGAUUACACACCCUCACCGCCCUUCGAGACUUAGAUAUAUACAAUCUUCCAAAUGUUGAGUCAUUUGCAGAAGGGGGUUUGCCUCCCAACCUACAAUCAUUUGGAAUCAUAGGUUGUGAGAAACUGAGGCCUUCAGUGGAGUACUGGGGUUUGCAACGACUUGUCUCCCUCCGAACAUUUCGGAUCUGGAGCAGCGAGGAUUUGUUGGACACUGUGCUCAAGGAACAGCUGCUCCCUACCACACUUCACGGUCUCGAAAUCUCUGGAGUGAAUAGGCUGAAAUCUUUGAAGGGAAAGGGACUUCAACACCUCAAUUGUCUCCAAGAGCUCGAAAUUACAAGCUGUCGUCGUCUCAAAUUCCUGCCAAAAGAGGGUUUUCCGGCAUCGCUCUCUUUUCUGAGCAUCAAAAAAUGUCCUUCUCUGAGGAAGAGGUGUCGGGAGAAGACGGGAGAAGAGUGGAGCAAGAUAGCUCACAUUCCUUGCAUCGAGAUAGAUGAUCAAGUCAUCAUUUGAGAUCUCAAAGUCAAAGUCAGAUAGCAAACUGUGCUGUAAAGUUUGAAUUACCUAAGUCCAUUGCUUCCAUCAAUUAGUUGUCUAUGAAUGGUUCCCUUGCAGUGUGACAUGUAUAUGAUUCUCCUUCAAUUGGAUAGAUCUGUUUUGGUACAUACACAGCUGAUGAAGUGAGAACGGGCGACGAUGAUCACAAAACAAAAAUGAGAGCAAGUUUCUUUGGAGCACUGCCCUCAUGCUUGCGCUUGUUGGAAGUUAGUACAUUAUGUUACAAGAGCAGGAUUAUUCAUAUAUGUUGAGCUGGGGUAUGGAAAAGGAAAGCACUUGCUUUGGCAUCCUAUCGAAACGGAUAAGAGAAGAAACAUGAUUUUCAUAAUUUGAUGUGGAAAUGAAGUGGGAGAACGCAUUGAUCUGCAGCCUAUGAGCAUCUUAUUCUCUGGAAGGGUUCCAAAGGAACUGAGAGAUUACAGCAGUUUGCUCUACCAUUGGGGAUGUUAUGAGCUAUCCCAGGACAAAAGGGUAUGUUUUCUCUAUGUGCGGUGACAUUCGACUACAAUUGGAAUCUAAUUAAAUAUGAGCAAUCCCUUUGAGUAUGUACAAGCAGAAGAAAUAAGGGGAGAUGGAUGUCGAAAGCAAUGAUGGUUCGUGAAAAACGUAUGGCUUUGAACAAGGUUUUAGUGACGUUGUUUAUGCCCUCGAGUUUUGAUAGGAAACCAGUGUUGUCACCAAGAAAACGAGGGAAGGAGAAGUCUCUUAAUGGAAGCAAAGAUAUGAACUUGGAUGCAUCUCCGAAAUCUGAUGCAGGAAACUAAGAAAAUGAAUUAGGACGAGUUGAUGGAAAUUUGUAAUGGCAGCAGAGAUGGUGCUGCUGCUAUGAGCAAUAAGGAUGUCAGUGCCAAGGCAGUCAGAAAGCAUCGUAAAGUCAAGGAAUGGCCCGGGAAUAUUGAGACUCAAGCGGUUGAUUUUGGCAGCAGAGAUGGUGGUGCUGUUGAUUAUGGCAAUGUGUGCUGAUUCACCUGGCAAACAAGGGAAGGAGAAUGAGCUUGAUCAGAGCGAAGAUGUGAAGUGCUCUGAUGCAGCAAAACAGGACGAGUUGAUGGAAAUUUGUAAUGAAGCAGAGAUGGUGGUGCUGCUGUGAAUGAGAAUGAUGCCAAGGGCAAGGGCAAGGGCAAGGCUGCAAGAGGGUUUCGCAGGGUCCAGGAAUGUCGCAUUUAGAGCAGAGAGGCUGAUCUUGAGCUUCCCCUACCUCAAGGCACCAUUAGUUACUGAGAAUGUGGGAAAUUGUCUCCAAUUUUUGAAGUUCUGUGAAACUUUUUGAGAGUUUUUUUAAAUUGAAAAGUCCAAAGCUGAAUCUGUUCUUCGAGAACAAUUGCGUGGGGGAAGUGGACAAAGUGGAUGGCCUGGACAGUACUCCAGUGUUCAUACAGGAGAGAGAGGCCAGGCCAUUAGUGGAGUGGGGUGGGGUUUGCAACGACUUGUCUUCCUUCAAACAUUUGGGAUCACUGGUUGCAAGGAUCUGUUGGAGAUGUUGCUCAAGGAACAGCUACUCCCUUCCACUCUUACACUCUCCAAUCUAUGGAAUAAAAGUUCUGAAAUCUUUGGAGUGAAAGGGACUUCAACACCUCACUUGUCUUCGAAAGCUCAAAAUUAGAAGCUGUGAUAAUCUCGAAUUCCUGCCAAAAGAUGGUUUGCCGGCAUUACUUUCUUUUCUGAGAAUCAAGUGCUGUCCUUCUCCGAGGAUGAGGUGUCAGGAGAAGACGGGAGAAGAGUGGAGCCAGAUAGCUCACAUACCUUGCAUACAAAUAGAUGACGAAGUCAUCGUUUGAGAUCUCAAGUCAAAUUUAGGGCAUCCUUCUGAGACGAGGUAUGACAAGAAACAAGCAUUUUCUUAAUUUGAUGAUGAACGAGCAAAACCAUGUGAAGUUGCAUACUCAAGGAUUUUGAAUUCGAAGAAUGGUGAAAGAAAAGCACAUGGAUCUCCUUUUGUUUCUGAGUUCCUUGCAUGAAUAUGCUGCACAUUUUGGAUGAAAUGGUUUUCGGAAUGAAAAGAUGAUCAACUCAUGUGCACAGGUGGCCAUAUCCACAUCAAUAUGAAUUUCACUAUGGGAGUUGUUUAGUCAAUAUUUAGGAAUAAGCAAUUCAGGAAAACUGGUUCCAACAUUUUCUUAUAUUUUUGGAUCUUGGUACACCUCAAGUGAUUGCUCUUUCUAAAACUUUCACUUUGCUAUAUUUCCCUGUCAAGUCAUGUUUAAAUUCUGUUCCAACUUUCAGAGUUCGAUGGCCAUGAUAAAAUGGAAAAUGAAGGGAAAAAUGUAAGGAAAAUAUUAUUGAGGCUUUUAUAAAUAUGUUACAUCUAUCUGUAGAAUUUAGCUUAAUCAUUUCGGCUUAUUUAUUAGUGAACUGUUGACUGCGAAAUUCAACUAUGAUCUGAGUGAGGUCAAAAUUAUGUCACUAACAUGUUUGUUGGCUUUACUGGUGCAGAGAGCAAACUGUGGAAUUGUAAAGAUAGGAUUAUAGGAUUAUCUAAGGCCAACAAUUUUAACAUCCAUCAAUUAGUUGUCCAGGAAUGGUUCUCCUGCUGUUUGGCGUGAAUAUGAUGCUCCUUCAAUUGGAUAGGUAUCCCUGGAAUGAUGUUUUACUUGUAUACUGCCUUAUUUUCAAGACAAGCAACAUGGCUUUUCAUUUUCUCUUCAUGUUGCUGCCAUCUUCGAGUGGGUGAAGAUAUGUUUUUGUACACAAACAGCUGUGGAAGUGAGAACGGGGUGACAAUGACCAGGUUCAGGUUUCCUUGGAGCACUACCCUUAUGCUUGCGAUUAUUGGAAGUCAGCAAAUUAUGUUACUAGAACAGGUGGGUGGUUGCUGCACUACACUUUUAACAGGAACUAUUUCUUAUGUUGGACACCGCAGAUGAGCUGUAAGCCUGAAUAUCAUGUAGAGCUGGGGUAUGGAAAAGGAAAGCACUUGUGUUGGCAUAUCGAAAUGGAUAUGGGAAGAAACAGGAUUUCACAAUUUGAUGUGGAGGCGAAGAGGGAGAAGAAUCGAUCUGGGGGUAAUGCUCUUGUGAACGUCUUAUUCGCCAGAGAGUGAUCAAUUGGAACUGAGAGAUCACAGCAUUUUGCUCUACCUAGGGUCGUCCAUUACGGAGGCAACCAUCUGAUUCAUUAAAAUUUAGGUGGAGGAUGGUCAGAGCAGGCUGUCAAAUGUUAGAAUUUUUCUUGGCAAGAACGGGCCACGAGCCAGAGGCCUUCCAAAACUCGGUUUUCAAACAACGAAGAAAACUUGCAGGUUCCCAUCCUCCUGAAAGCAAUGAAGAAAACGCGCAGGUUUCCUAGAACUUCUGAAAGCAUCGAAGAAAACGCGCAGGCUUCCCAGAACGUCUGAAAGCAUCGAAGAAAACAUGUAGCUCAGUCCUAAGGCUAAUUAAGUUUUUAGGCAUCAGAAGACAAAGUAGGUUUACAUCCAAGUUACAAGUAUUUGGCUGCCCCAGCUUCUGCAUAAAACUCCUAUAUGGGGAAGUCGUUUCUGCUUCGGAUUUCUCUGUAUGGCACUGCUGAUUCGGAGGGGGAAGUGAUCUUAAGAAGCCGGCCAGCUGCCUCAGACAAAGAAGUGUGGUUUUAAACUUAUGAAUAGUGUGCAGAAGGAGAAAACGCAUGUGCGAAAAGUAUUUUUCUUGUUUUUGUUGUAAUAUCUGAAGACAUUUUGGUAUCAACUUUCUUCUUAAGUUAAUGCGUUUCGAUGUACUUUCAUCCGUGUAGCAUAUUACACAGCAGUUUUGUGCAAGUGUUGUCGAUGGGCUGGCCCAAGUUUAAAUUUUUGGGCCCAGGCCCAUGCUCAAUUUGGUUGGGUGCUGAAGAAAACGAGAAAAACUUGGGUGUACUGAA